AUGUCGGAAUUUGAUGCCUCACAGACCUCGUAUGAGGGCAGUUGCCACUGCGGACAGGUCGCAUUCACUGUGAAGGUCUCGCCACCCAUAGAAGACCAAACCUUGAAAUCUUGCAAUUGUUCAAUCUGUGAUCUCAAGGGCUAUGUUUUACUUUACGCUGCGCGGGACGAUGUGACUUUCCAAGAAAAUGAACCUAACGCUCGCAAGGAGUACCGAUUCGGCACCAUGAACUUCCCACAUGGCUUUUGCUCCAAUUGCGGAGUGAGUAUGUAUGCUCGUGCCGAUGGUGGAAAGUAUAGUGAUAUUAUUGCGGUCAAUGCGCGGACUUUAAAGGGAGUUGAUGUGAGCACACUCAAUAUUAAACAGGCUGAUGGGAAGAGUAUCGAGCUCUCUUAG